CUGGCCUGCGCCCCCACCUAUAAAGGUGGCUUUGCCCAGCGGCUUGCGGCUUGUUCCAUCGAAUGACACAUAUGCAACGCCUGACGUUGACAUGACGAUACGCAAAACGAUGGGAAUACUUUUGCUGUUGCUGGUCCACUUGGCGGCGGUUACAGCACAAGAACCACAAAACGAGCCACCAAAGGAAGUUGUGCCUGCAGCAGAGGAGCCUGCGGGAGAUGCAGCUGCAGCAGAAGCGCCUGCAGGAGAUGCUGCUGCAGCAGAAGCGCCUGCCGGAGAUGCUGCUGCAGCAGAAGCGCCUGCCGGAGAUGCGGCUGCAGCAGAAGCGCCUGCGGGAGAUGUGGCUGCAGCAGAGGCGCCUGCUGGAGAUGCGGCUGCAGCAGAGGCGCCUGCUGGAGAUGCGGCUGCAGCAGAGGCGCCUGCGGGAGAUGCAGCUACAGCAGAGGCGCCUGCGGGUGAUGCAGCUACAGCAGAAGCGCCUGCCGGAGAUGCGCCUGCAGCAGAGGCGCCUGACGGAGAUGCAGCUACAACAGAAGCGCCUGCGGGAGAUGCGGCUGCAGCAGGGGCGCCUGCUGGAGAUGCAGCAACAGCAGAAGCGCCUGCGGGAGAUGCGGCUGCAGCAGAGGCGCCUGCUGGAGAUGCGGCUGCAGCAGAGGCGCCUGCCGGAGAUGCGCCUGCAGCAGAGGCGCCUGCUGGAGAUGCGCCUGCAGCAGAAGCGCCUGCAGGAGGUGCAGCUGCAGCAGAGGCGCCUGCUGGAGAUGAAGCUACAGCAGAGGCGCCUACCGGAGAUGCAGCUACAGCAGAGGCGGCAGCGGGAGAUGAAUUUGAAGAAGAGGCGCCGGCGGGAGAUGAAUUUGAAGAAGAGGCGCCGGCGGGAGAGGGACCUUCGGCGGCAGAGGAAGAGACCGGAACAGACGAUGCAACAGAUGACGAGGCAGGAAUGGACGAGGAGGUAGUGACGCAGUCUACGGAGUCUACGCCGCCGACCACAAUCGGUGCGCACGAUCCGAACACUCCAGGGACGAAUCCCAGUCCACCCACUGUACCCCCCACCACCACUGGCUUAAUGGAUCUGAUGACCUACUUACCGGAGUAUAAUAAUGG